AUGGUCACAACACGCGUCGCCAUGCAACUGGCCGCCGGGGUGAUGGGCUCCUUCACAGUAGCACAGAAUUGCAUGAUCAUACCCAUAUCCACGGCACCCAAGUCGUUCCCCGUCAAACCAGAAGCGUGGGAGCUACGGCCUGACUGGACAUCACUUCGGCUCUGUGGUUGCACCCCGAAGCAUUGCAGUGUCAUGUGUUUCAUGUACCAGAGGGACGCCGCAGAGCCAUUCGGGGCGUGCCCCAGGACGUUGCUGUGCAGGACGGUGGGGGAGGUCGAGGAGCGGCUCUCAACAAGACUCCUGGUGGGGUUUGAAGCUGAGUUUGUCCUGCUCGAUGACACCCUGAACCCUCCGUCUCAGCCCCUAGACCCCGUGACAGGGGACUCAACCAUGUCCGGCCUCCGGGGCACCAAUCUUGACCUCCUAGAGGAGAUUGUGGAGGCAGUAGAGAUGGCUGGUAUUAAUGUCUACAACUAUCAUACCGAAGGCGUGGGACACUUCGAAAUUGCGCUGUCCCCACUGAGCCCCGUGGCAAGCGUCGACGCGCUCAUGUGCCUGCACGAGACCAUCCGGGCACUGGCCCUGCGCCGCGGCCUCAAGGCCACUCUGGCCCCGCGGCCUACGCUGGACGCGGCCCAGAAUGGGUCCCAGAAUGGCUGCCACGUCCACAUAUCCCUAAACCCUCCAAGAAGGCCUGAGAGCUUCCUUGCCGGUGUGUUGCAGAAGGUGCCGCAGUUAUGCGCUCUAGGCCUGGCCAGCUUUGACAGUUAUGCCAGAAUUGUCAAGGACGGUGCAGGGCUGUGGGUAGGUUGGGGCACCGAGAACCGUGACCUUGCUGUACGUGGGAUCGAACCAAACCACUGGGAAUUACGUUUUGCUGACGCCACUGCCAAUCUGUACAUCUUCCUGGCCGUUGCCCUCGCAGCGGGUGGUGGUGGCGUUGACAGGCAACUAGACCUGGCAUUCAAAGACUUGAGAAGGUUCCCCGCAAGUCUAAACCCCGAAGACCUGCGCGGUUUUGGAAUCUCAAGGAGGAUGCCCUCUUGUCUCCAGGAAUCGCUAGACGCUCUGUCGCGGGAUGAUGAUGUGAAACAGUGGAUGGGGCCGAUUCACUCCCGGCGUUGCUAUUGCAAACCCGGGCGCAAGGCCUUUUUCAUUGCGCGGAUGACUUGA